CAGCAACUACUCUCAUCAGAAACUCCAGCCAAUCCACCCCCUUCAUUACAAUCUUGCACACAAUGGGUUGGUUCAGCUCCGACGAGAAGUCCGCGGCGGCGACGCACCCUGUCAAUGUCGACGUCACAAAACAAUAUGGUUCUGCCGCCGAGCAAGACCGCUAUGGUCAGCACUUUUCGUCGGAUGCCAUCAGGCGCGGUGUCGACGAGGGACUCGAGAAGCUCCGCAAUGCCGCCAUGGCUGCCGGCUCGGGUGCUGAACAAGAUCGCUACGCUUCUCAUCUCAGCAUUGGCGAUCGCGGGUACAGGGCCAUUAUGGAAGCUGCAAAGUAUCAGGGCGACGGCGCCGAGCAAGACAGAUACAAUGCGCACUUUAGCCCUGCCCUGCACAGCGUUGACUCUGUCAAGGCAGUACAGGCGGCGGGAAGUGUCGUUGCCAAUGGGGAGAAGAAUGCCAGUUGGUUUGGACUGGGGUACGAUGGCCAACAGCGGGCCAAACUCAUGGCUGGUAGCGGCAUGGGUGCUGAACAGGAUCGCUUCGGCUCACAUUUCGCCCUCACCAAGGACACCGUCGCCAACGCUGCGCAGAGAGUAAAAGACGGUGCACAGGAUGUUCUUUCGAAGCGAUAGGGGACAGGCCAGGACAGCAUGACGAGAUAAUAAUCAAUUAUUGGCGAACACGUUGGCAACCAUGGUGGUCUGCGGCCUUACCAUUGUACCAUGUUAAUGCAGAGUACCAACCGGAAUAUAUUUCCAGAACCCAUGUCCAGGGGGAAGAGCUCUUCAUAUCCAAAUGAAAUCGAG